AUGGUCCUGGAUUUGUGCCCCGAGUUCUAUGUCUGCGGCAAGGAGAACCUGCUGUGGCAACCCGAGGACGAUGAACACCAACGGCGAUGUUGGUUGGCCCCAAAGCCCGAUGUGGGAGCUGCAGACCCGGUCGCAAAGAAGAUGCCCAAGGCAGUGCCAGAUGGAUUGGCCACGACCGUCGCGCCAGCAGCCUUGAGCUCGCGUUAUGUUCAGACAUUCGCAGGACGCGAGCUCUCCAGGACCUAUGCAACCGCUCACAGCAUCGCAGGCUGUCCUGUCUACUCCGGAACAGUCCCAAAGUCGGCGGUGACGCUGGCGCAGCCGCCCGGAUUGCCUCUGGACCGGAGUCGCUGCAUGGCAAUCCUGCCCGCCGUCCAACAUCCUGCCACGAUCAUCAAGAGGGUCCGCAAGGCAGCACCUCGAGUGACGAUGCGCGUCGUCCAGCCCGCGGCUAUGCCCUACAUGCAAGUGCGGUUCCCUGUACAGCCAGUGUACCCGAUGUCUCGAGAGACAUCCUUCCUAGGAGGAUAUCCGAUGGCAUACUCCUCCGUGUACGUAAGCAAUCGCGUGGUUCUUCCGCCACGCGUCCUCGUGCGACCUCCCGAAGGCUGGAUCAGCGUCUUGCUCUCUGGGAAGCCCCUGGCCGUGGUCGCAAGGGGUGAGGCCGGUGCAUCGACUCCCUCCAAGCAAGAGGAUAGCGCGGCACCCGCGGAGCCCGUGGCCACGGCGAACGGGCACGAGCAGGACGGCGAGGGUGCCAUCGCGAGGAGAGCGAAGUGGGCGACCUGGACGCCGCUUCCUCAAGAGGUGUGGGACAACUUUCCACGCGCCGGAGAUGGCGGUCGUCCCACAUCGCUCGGUGCUUUCAAAAAGGUGGUCGGCGAAGCCGCCGCGGGCGAGUUUUGGGGACUGAACUUCCCCCUGUCGGCGGAUCAGUUUCUGGAAAUGGGGCCGGACUGGCUGACGAAGGCCAUGCACAAGGCAGGCACCCUCCCGAAGGACAACAGGAUCGUGAAGUUCACGGACUUCGACAUCAAAGCUGCCAAGACGACGGAGUCCACAGAAUCCACGGAAGCAAGCUGGGGUGGUGCCGGGAUCAAGAUACUGCUGUCCGUGGACUACAGUCGCGAACCAGUGGGCGACGAGCCUGGCAAAGACAUGUUCGUCAAGAUGCCGCAUGAGUUCACCGGCAAGAACGAGCGGUUCAAGAUCUCGGUUACUAUCAAUGGCGACUGGGCCGAGACGAUGUUUUACAACAUGCUUUCCGGCAAGCUGCCCGUUAAGACUCCUCGUAUCUUCUUCGCGGACAUGAACCGCCGGACAACGAACUUCAUCUGGGUCAUGGAGAGAAUACCGUACGGCAGUGACUCGCAGAAGUCCUACGGUCCGGGCGAAAUUCUCCCCCCAGCAGGAAAGUACCGGGACUGGAUGCUGAAGGAUGCAUGUGAGAUGUACUAUGCCCACAGCCGGGCUUUGGCGCGAUUCUUUGGCUGGUUCUACCACACCAACCAGACUACCAAUCAAGUUGCGGAGUGUUUCGGGCAUCCAGCGGCGAUGAAGACCAUGCAUGAGAUUUUCGACCGAGUGCGGCCACUGAAUCCAAAAGCGAGGGAUGCCUUCUAUGUCAAGUGUCUGGCUGACCCGAAGAUGGCGCCCGUUGUGGAAAGUCUGGGACUGGCGCCUGCGGCUGCCGAGUCCUUCCUAGCCAUGGCUGAGUCUUUCAUCAGGAACGUUGCGACGCACUGCUUCCCGAAGAAGCUGGUAGAGGAAGCCACGUUGAAGAAGGCUCUCAAUGAGGCGAAAGAGAUAGCAAAACACUCGCAGGAGAUCGCCUUCUACAUGCAGAUGAUCCCGGAGUACUACACGCUGGCCCAUCCCAAUGCGCAGAUCGACAACGCCAUUUUCUGGAGAGAUGGCAACGGCAUCAUGGAGUGUGGCCUCAUAGAUUGGGGUGGCGCGAUGGUGGGAAUGCCGAUUCCGACCAUCCUCGCCGGCAGCUGGCUCGGUGCGGAACCCGACUUCAUGGACGAGCACGAGCAAAAACUGGUGAAGUGCUUCGCCAACGAGUACAAGGAGGUAACAGGCGUGAAUUUGGAUCCAGACCUCCUCUACAUGGACUACAAGCUGUCUCAGGGCUACUCCCUGCCGGGUGUUUGCGCGAACGUGCAGUGGUGCACCAGGUUGGCAACGAGAGAGCAAUGGAAAGGCAUCAAGGACCGCUUCGACAAGCAGAUCGACGAUGUUUUCCUGAUGCGGUGCUACUACGUCCAAAUCGAAUUUGUGCUGGCCCUGCUCCGUACAAGAAGUCCAUACCCGCUCUUCCUCGAGUUCAUGAAGCGCACCGGCAUGAAGAAGAAGCCCUAG